ACGCGGAUGAACGGAUCCGGAAAUUAGGAGGCGAACGAUCGGCCAAGAAUUUCGAUUUUUUCACAUUCGAACAACGUAUAUAUACACACGCUCGGUAAAAGCGUUAGCCGCUUUGCCAGCGCGACGGUUUUCCGACCAUGGGGAAAGUUCUUAUUCUAUGUAUCAACGGAGAGAUUACAUACGGCGGCCACACACCCGCUAUACAAAUGUCGUGUCAGUCAUCGUCGUCGGUCGUCGUCGUCGUCGUCAUGACUGACGGCUGUCAAAAAGCGACGCAAAGCUUGUGUUUUUUAUCGUACUUCGUCUGUCAUGGCGACGAGAGGAGAAUCUCGUUCGUAGUAUCUUUGAGGCGAUAUCGUGCGCACCGGCAGCGGUGCUUAUUCGGGCAUGAACGAUCGAUCCUCUCUCGAUAAAACCGGUACAGCAUCGAGAAAACAGAGAGUCGCGCGUCUUGGGAUAAUGGACUGUACGAGCGGUCCUGGUUGUCGUAUUAAAGUGAAAAAAAUAUCGCGCAAUCGCGUUACGACAACGUCACAGACGACGACAACAACAACGACCGCCGUCAACGGUUCGAGAGUGAAACAGCCAAGCGCGAGGAGAAAACAGAACGCGAGGUCAAGGAAAUGCAUCUGUUCCCCGUCCAAUUAUGCUCUUGUCGAAUUUCCCUCCGUCUGGUCGGAACUCAGGGCAAAUCAGCAACUUUGCGAUGGAGCGGUGAGAUGCGGGAUGGACCAAGUGUUUCCGGUGCAUCGCGUUAUUCUCUCAGCCGUGAGUCCCUAUUUCAAAGCGUUAUUUACGAGUUGCUUGAAAGGUGGAAAGAGCGAAAUAAACGAAGUGUCGAUAAGCACCGUAAGCGCCGAUAUUUUUCGCCUCAUACUCGAUUACGCGUACACCGGUACUUGCAAAGUGACGGCUGAAAACGUUGAACAACUUUUGCCGGUUGCCGAUCAAUUCGAGGUUCUGGGAGUCGUACAGCUCUGCUGUAGAUUUUUGCUUCAAGAGCUCCGGCCCGAUAACUGUCUGGGAAUUUUCAAAUUCGCUCGCCACUACUUUUGUCGUGAUCUCGCGGAAAGAGGGCGCAAGUUCAUUUGUCACAAUUUGAAGCAAAUUGUUAACGAGAGCGAAGAAUUCAAGGAUUUGGAGGGAGAGGAGCUGGCAACGAUACUGCGGGACGACGAGCUGAACGUGAGGAACGAAGAGACCGUUUUCGAAGCUGUGAAAAGCUGGAUCGAGGCCGGACCGAAAGAGCGCGAGAGUCAUUUGGUGCGACUCCUCGAGUGCGUCAGAUUCGGCCUGAUGAGUUACAAAUAUUUUACCCACAACGUACUCGCGUGGAAGUGCAUCAGCGAUAACGACGAGUGUCAUAAAAAAAUACUUUUUCCGGCAAAUUCGUAUCUCGCCGAUCAGGAACACCGACAGAAAAAAGCUUCGAUCGGUCCGAACGAAAUUGAUCUGAGAAAUCCGCUGACCAGACCGAGAAUCCCGUACGAAAUAUUGUUCGCCGUUGGCGGGUGGAUCGCCGAGUCACCGACCAGUUUCGUCGAAAUUUACGACACGAGGUAUAUCCUCAAAUUCGCAUUAUGUAUUUCCCAGUUACCGCGCUGUAUACGUAUAUAUGGAAAAAUUAUUGCCGCGCGCAGGGCGGACAAGUGGUUUUUGUCGUCAAACACCGACUCGACUCCGCGCUCCUAUCACGGGAUGUGCGCAUUGAACAAUCUCAUUUACAUAAUCGGUGGUUUCAACGGAAACGAGCACUUUAACACGGUACGUUGCUUCGAUCCGGUGAGCAAGGAUUGGCGCGAAAGAGCCUGCAUGUAUCACGCCCGUUGUUACGUCAGCGUUUGUACUCACGCCGGAAUGAUUUACGCCCUCGGGGGAUUCAACGGACGAACGAGAAUGAGCUCCGGGGAACGUUACGAUCCCCAGAGAAAUCAAUGGGAAAUGAUACCGUCGAUGCACACCCAACGCUCGGACGCCGGUGCAGCUUCUCUCAACGACAAAAUUUACAUCGUCGGAGGCUUCAACGGGAUCCAAGUUUUUUCCUCUGCCGAGGUUUUCGACGUCGAGGCCAAUCAGUGGAGUUACAUUCGAUCGAUGUCCGAUCCCCGUACCGGAGUUUCUCUCGUCGCUUUUAGAAACAGCCUCUACGCCCUCGGAGGCUUCGACGGGACGACCAGACUCUCCUCAGGCGAACGUUACAGCCCGCAUCAGGACGUUUGGCACAGUAUUUCGGAGAUGUGUUGUCCGCGCAGUAACUUUGCAACGGUCGUGCUGGACGACAUGAUUUUCGUCGUCGGAGGCUUCAACGGUUCGGAGCCAAUCGCUUACGUGGAGUGUUACGAUCCUGAGAGCAACGAGUGGUACGACGCCUCGCCGAUGAAUCUCAACAGGAGCGCCCUCGGUGCGUGCGUCAUAGCGGGCCUGGAGAAUGCCCGGGAAUAUUCGUAUCUCAACAGGGCUCGGAGCAACGGACAGCCGCGUACGAAUUCGAGGAACGGAGCCAACAAAAAUCACCGAUACGGCAAUACCUCCGAGGGGCGUUACACGGACGAGCGGGGCGAGCUCGGAGGACGUUGAAAAUAAACGAAAAUACUCGAUACGGAUUUGUCUUAAACGCAAAAAAAACAAAUCAAUCCGGCGGCGAUGUUUUUCGUUAUGAUUGCGACGUUCCGCUAAUUUUUUUUUUUUUUUUUUUUUUUUCUUUUUAUUCGUUGCAAACAGAUUUGCAAACCGACAAAAAAGAGCUUGAAAAAUUGUUUUUACCACCUUUUUCAGAUACAUUUCCUAGCGAAUCUUUUUUUUAACUCUCCAACUUCCGCGGAACUCUUUUGAUCGACGGGCAACGGGCGGCUCACGGAAGGAACACUUUUAGCCACGGGGCGGGGCUUUUCCUAUUCAUAUUUUUUCUAUUUCUUUUUCUUUUUCAAAAUCUCGCAACGAACACGCGCCCACCAAAUGUCGCGAGGGCUUGUUUUUGUCGGAAUCGUAUAAACCAAGCGCGAAUGCAAGAAAAUAAAUUAUUACAUUUUUUUUCUAACACGAUUGACGUUGUACUCGAAAAUUUUCAAGAUCCUGUAACAACGACUUGGCAAAUAAUAUGGAUCAUGAAAAAAAUCUCAUUCAUUCUCGCAUUCAUUUCCGCCACAAAAGGUUUCAACAAUUCGGCCGUGUAAAAUGGAAAGAGCUGGACGGCGGAAGAGGGAGAGGAAAACCGAAAAUCGGAUUAAUCGAAAUUCUUUUUGAUGUAAUUAAUAAUAAUUACGAUUUGUUUUAUUAAUCUAUUUCACACACAUA